UCGUGUACACACGCGCACACACAGACACGCACACCGCACGCUUCGAGGCUUCUACGGGGUGAAGGUAUUCGUCCCGUCCCAACCACACCCACCCGGCUCUGCUGGAUGCCGGAAGAGUGGAGGGAGCGCAACUGAGUGCCGCGGCGCCGCUCCACAGCCUGCAGAAGCCCCACCCCAGUGGCGCCGCCAAGUGGGAGACGCUGGCAGCAGCAGGGACGACAACGACGACGGAGGCGGCGACGGCGGCGCCCGCCAGUGCCAUGGUCGCCUCAGCCACUGGGAGCCAGGCGCACAGGUCCAGCUGCCGCACGCAGCUUCGCUACUCCGUGUCCGGCUGUUGCAGGACUGGGACGCUCUCUUGAGGGUAGUAGACGCGUCAGCUGUCGCCGGAGUGACAGGUGGCGUCCCAACGUGCCUGUUGACAAGUGGCUUCCCAUUUGACUGUUGACAUUUUGUAGCCCCAUUUGACUGUUGACAUUUUGUAGCCCCAUUUGACUGUUGACAUUUUGUAGCCCCAUUUGACUGUUGACUUGUGGCACCCCAUUUGAUCUUAGCUGAUGGUGUUCCAAUUUCAAAGUUAACGUGACUAGGGUUUGAUGCCUAUUUGUAUCGCUGUGUAAGUCCCUAGCUUCAAGACGACCUCUGUAUCUCCAGAGCAGAUUGUUGUACUGACCACAUUAACAUGUGUGUUGUAAUUAGUUCUGAACACACAACCACUGCAUCAGGUUAACCUCCAGUGGCAUAUCUCAUCAUACUUUCGUACUUGGGAUGCCUGAGACAUAUGUUGCGUUUCAAGAACUGCCACCUUAAAGUGUGUGACAGUCGUUAUCAAUAAUAGAAAAACGAGUCCAGUAUUUUGACACUACCUUCAGAUGUCUAAGGUACAUGGCAUUCGAAUAUCUCAGUUUACUGCAUCAAGAGUGAACACGGUGUAAAUGUAACUGGUAAUAACGCACAGGAUAGAUCUCGUCUACCAGGUUCGUAACGUAGACUUCACGACAUUGCCAAGCGUGUGUUAUUAAGCUACUCAUUGUGUGUAAUAGUUAAGACAGAGUGAAGAUCUUAGUGGUUAAGAAGAAACUUAUCAAAAUUCUGUGACAAACAGCUGCAUAGAUAGAUUUUCAUGUACACUGUACUGCAAGACAGACGGAAAAGAGCUGGUCAGUUGACAUAUAUAGAAUCAGGAGGACGAAAGUACACAUUAUAGUGUGAUUAUUUCGUGGUAGUUGCGUUUACUCGCUUGGAGUCGUCUAUCAGUGUUGACAGACGUGUGUCAGUGUACUACUCACCGUCCUGUUUAUGGUUAGCCAGCACAGUUACUGAACAGUAAGCACCAAAGUGACUACAGAAGAAACUGACUGAAGUGCUCUGCUACGUGAACACUCAAACAGCCCAUCACGUAUCCGGUCUCUCAGCUCAGGAAGCGCACAGACUACAGCUCAUUCGAGUGUGACUGCUCCUUCUAGUCUGACACACUGUAAGAAUUUGUAUUGGUUACCACAUGAGGUACUUGUCCACCUUCAGCCCUCGAAGACUUUCAUUUCCUUGUGAGAGAUUACGUACUGUUCGAAUCAUUCUAUAUUAUCUAAAAAACUUUUUUUUUUGUUUGGUGGCAGAACAUACCGAUACUGCUCAGCCACGAAUUCAUUUGUACUGCAGCGAGUUAACAUACAGUACACAAUUAGAUAGGUUCUCAAGAUCUGAACGGCUGGAGAUUUUUAUCGGUCUAGAGACAACUUUGAUAACGUGGCGUCAGGUAGAGUGCUGGCUAAUCAGAGGGUGCACUCAAAUUUCGAUGAUCUUUCCCUCAGAAUUCUCUCGUAGCAACUGCUACCGCCACAUUCCACAUUCAAUACUGUUUGUUUAACAGAAAUUGUUUUCCGCCCACGGGACACUCUUCGGCCAGUCUAGGGCUGCGAUAUUUUCUGCGGUGCACAGUUGUUAUUUGGUCGAGAAGCGUCGCGGACAGACUGGGUUGUUUUUGCGCACAUCUCUCGCCGGUAUCGGAGGUGUUUUUUUUUUAUCAUCUGAUCAGUUCCUAAUCUGUACAGUAACGAGCUUUCCAAGGGCUCGACAUUUAAUGGCGCCGGCAUCGGACGACAGGUAGCGCUGUAGCUUGCAGUAGCUAAGCAAGUGACUGGAGACUCCAGCAGCAUUCAGUGAGGACUACUGGACGUCGCGGUGGCAAGUGUUGUGUUGUGUUGUGCUGAGAUGUGUGACGAGGUUCGGUGAUCCGGACAACCGCCGCAGCCGACUCGAGUGUUACUUUGGUUUCGGCACCGAGUGGAUACGUCGUCAGCAGUGACCGGAGGCGAGAUGUCCGAGAAGCAAUGGCUGGCGCUGCUGCUGCUCUUCGUGACGUACCUGCUGUUCGGCGCCGGCGUCUUCUACUACAUCGAGCGGCAGGCCGAGAAGGUGACCAGGGCCGCCGACAUCCUGCAGCGUGACCACAUCAUCGACAUGGUGGACCACUACUACUGGCCGCAGAACAAGACGGCGCAGCGGCUGUUCCUGGAGGACCUGUCCGACUUCUGCGGGCGCGACAUGACGGACCCUCCCCCGGAGGACAGCAGUCCGGAGCCCAAGAAGUGGACCUUCUACAACUCCUUCUUCUUCGUGGUCACCGUCGUCAGCACAAUAGGUUACGGCAACCUGUCGCCCACGACGGACGCCAGCCGGCUGCUGAUGAUCUUCUACGCACUCAUCGGCAUCCCCAUGAACGGCAUCCUGCUGGCCACGCUGGGUGACUUCUACAGCAGGGCGCUGGUGAAGGUGCACCGGCGCUACAAGAGCAAGGAGAGCCAGUACCGCUACCACUCGCGCACCUGGCUCGUCACGGACACGCUCAGCUACCUGGUGCCCGGCGUCGUCGUCUUCAUCUUCCUGCCCGCCGCCAUCUUCAGCUUCAUGGAGGACGACUGGGACUACGCCAUGUCCGUCUACUACGCCUUCGUCACGCUCACCACCAUCGGCUUCGGCGACCUCGUCGCUGGACAGACAAACAUGGGCUUCCAGACGGGCUGGUUCCUGCUGUACCAGAUCAUGCUGCUGGUGUGGGUGAUCUUCGGGCUGGGCUACCUGGUCAUGAUCCUGGGCUUCAUCACGCGCGCCAUGCGCUCCAAGCGGAUGGCCCGGCUGGAGCACAAGCUGGCGCACAACCUCAAAGUGACGCAGGCGCGCCUCUGGCACGGCAUCGCCAAGGACGCCGUCUAUCUGCGCAGGGUCGUCAACGAGAUGUACCUCCAGAAGCUCAAGCCGGUGUACCGCGACGACGAGCUGUCGUGCGCGCGCGCCCUGCGGACCCGCAGCAGCUCGGAGCCGUGCCUGCACACCGCCGGCGGCAGCCCGGGCCUGCGCCGGCGCGCCAACUCCGACUUCCUGGGCGGCGUGGGCUCCGGCGGCGGCCGCGGCCGGCUGCCCAGGGUCAUGUCCGAGACCGACCUGGGCCGCAUCGACCGCGCCGCCACGUUCGCCACGGCCGGGGCGGCCAUCCGACCCGCGGAGCUGCUGGCCCGCGUCGUGGGGGCGCUCAGCAACGCCGCCGCCGCGUCCUCGCACCACCUGGACGCGCCGGAGAGCGACACGGACUCGGACGCGACGCAGCCGGCGGACAGGGAGCCGGCCGGCAGCGGCGGCGUGCACGGCUUCAGCGACGAAGACAUCCUGGCCUCUGAGCGCGGCUGGCGCGCCUCCGGCUGGACCGUCGGCGGCUUCAGCAUCGGCGGGGGCGUGGCCAAGCCGGCGCCGAAGUUCCGAGCUCGGGCAGCGAGCGAAGCGCGGAUCCCGGCGUGGGGCGGCGCGGCCCCCGGGGGCGGCGGCUACAACGCAGAGUGGACGUGGACUGGGGGCGGCGUCCCGCCCUCCAAGUGGGUGCACCAGCUCGUGCGCCAGAAGUCCGCCAUACCGGAGAAGCCGCCGCUGGAGGAGGAGGACUCGCUGCCUCGGCCGGCCACCGCCCCCGCGCCGCCCACGCAGUCGGCGCUGCAGCGCCUCAGCCAGGCGCCGCGGGCGUGGCUGCAGCGCUUGCGGCGCGCCCAGGGCCGCCGCAACACCGACGACGCGGACGUCGACGGCGAGCCGCGCGCCGCCCCAAGGCCGUCACUGCUCAAGCGCAUGUCGCUGCCUGCGCCGGACCUGCUAUCCAUGCGGCGUGGCAGCUCGCUCAUGCCCGAGCCGCAGUACGUCACCAUCACUGGCGCGGCGCAGGCCCGCGGCCACACGGAGCACAUGGGCAGCGUGCUGGAGGAGACGUCCCUGGCGGACUUCCUGCGCGCGCUCUCCUCCGUGCACGACCGGUUCGCCGUCGCCGGCAUCGCCGACGAGUCUCCCGGCUGCCGGAAGCGGCGCAAGAUGGGCACCGCGUCGCUCACGCCGCCGCUGCACCACUCCCUGCAGUCGCUGCACUCGCCGGCGUCGCCACCGACGCUGCCGCCCGCCGCCCACCUGCGCCGCGGCUCGCUCUGGCCGACGCCCGCUCAAGGUGCGGGCGGUAGGCGGGGCUCGCUGCGGCCAGCCACGCCCCCUGUCGCCCAGCUGGCCCAGCGCCGCUCGUCGCUGCGGCCACCCCCGGCGCCCUCGCCGGGACCCCCGGCGCCGCCCCCAGGGGGUGGGAUGCGGACUGCAGGACGGCCGACGCCCACACAAGACCGCCGCAGGUUUUCAGUGCGUCCAGUCCCCGAGGGCCAGCUGCCGUCACUGCUGCCAGCGAAUGUUCGCACACUGCGACACCAGGUUCUGCAACGACAGAUGAGUGACACAGACCUGCUGGCUUCAGGUCUGCUGCGACACCAGCGCCACGACAGUCUCAGCUCUGUCCGUACUGAGAAGUGACUGGAAGACUGAUGGAGCUCUCUGAUGGAGCCCUCCUGGUGGUGCACUACCAGACAAAAAGCCAUCUGGUUCUUAAGUUUUGACUUCUGCCAAUCUAACUCGGCAGUGAGAACGAGAUGUGGUAAUGUUGGCAUCGCAGACUCGAGUAUUCGCACAGAUCUGUGCUCCAACUUACUUGCCUUCAGAGCACUGACGCCUUGAGUCCUUAGCAUUGCUGAAGUGGACACGAAUUUCCAGUAAAUGUCAUUUAUCAGAAUAAUCUUCAGUGUUUGACCACAUGAACCAAGAUUGAUGAAGCUCCAACGAGCAAUUUGCUGGAUUGGAAAACCAAACAGGAAAUGAAGCCACCUACUGAAGAUGAAAAUAUCAUUCCAUUACACGAUAUUUCCCAUCAGUAUUUUUGAGACACUGCCAUCUUAAGUCUUCCAGCAUAGAAAGCUGUCAUCAAACCUCCAGGGAGAUAUUAACAGAGUGAAAGACAACAGUUUUUGAUUUCUCCUGCACUGCGCAUUAGAGAAAUAAAACUGAUAUAUUGGGAAGAAAUACUAAUUUAUAGGUUUCUCGUAACAUUCCUGUAUUGGUAAAUUUUUAUGACUUAUGACAAAUAAAUAACUUAUUUUUUUAUUCUUCUUUUGCCCAGUCAAUACUCCUGAUGCAAAAGAGCUCAUAAAGUAUAUAAGAAUAUAUGUAUAUACAUUUUUGAAGAUUAAUAGUUAGAUACAUUAGACACCAGAAGAUCAGCAAAUGUAAACAUUUUUCAAAGAAAUUGAAACAUUAUUUUAUUCCCUUAGCGCAAAAUAUACACAAUAAUAUUGAAGAUAUUUAUCCUCUGUUGUGAGGUUAGUUGUAUCUGCAGUAAAUUGUGUAGCUGUCAGGUUUUAGCUACAAUUACAAUACCAAACACACAAGCACUUGUACAUUCUAAUGAAAUUAUAUUGAAAAGAAUAAGCUGCAGAAUGUGAAAAGUUUCUUUUGUCUUGUGUUCCUUGUUUUAUUUCAUUCAGAAUUUUUCCAAAAACAUUAUUUCAAAGACUAGGAAUGAUAAACUUCAAUUUAAUACCUUGCAAUUCAUAUGUGAGAAUUCACUGUAGUAGCACAUUUUUGAUUCACUGGUCUAAAAAGACGUUUCUAUAUCUUUGUAGCAUUCCAUAAAUCUGCAACUGACAUAUCUGAAUCUGUGAUAUUAGAUAACAUGACUGCUGACUUGUGAAGAAAAUCUUCAUGGCAAAAUUUAUGUAGAAGUGAAAUUAGAUUGUAACUAUUUUUUAACUUUGUGGAAGAACUUGUGUAAAUGAGACAAGUAUGUUAAAAAUUAAAAUUUUUAUGCAGAAGUUGCC